CCUCUGUGGAUCCCACCAAUGGUUCUUUCCACCCCUUUUAUCAUUUGACCACUUUCCCUUCUCUCUUUCUCGCUUCUCCUUUUUGCUUCUCUCCUCCGUCUUCAUCAUUGAGCAUAACAAGUUCAAUCUUCCAGUUCUUGGGGGAUUUUGCUUAUUACAGUACACAAAUGCUGGUUGUGCCUGUACAGAUAACAUAUAUCCCUUGUCCAUUGAUCUCCUAGAGUGUUGUUCAUCGGGUGCUAUGGGAGCCCAAGAAGCCUCCUCAAGCCGAUAUUCUUAUCACGUAUUCUUGAGUUUUAGGGGUGACGACACCCGGAAUACCUUUACUGAUCACCUUUAUACAGCUCUACUACAUGCAGGAAUACGCACAUUUAGGGAUGAUGAUGGAUUGGAGAGAGGAAAGAAUAUUGCCGUAGAACUAAAUAAGGCAAUCCAAGAGUCGAGGAUUUCAAUAAUAGUCUUCUCAAAAGACUAUGCAUCUUCAAGAUGGUGUCUUGAUGAGCUUUUGAAUAUCCUUGAGCUCAAGAAGACUGUUGGCCAUGUAAUUCUGCCCGUAUUCUACCAUGUGGAUCCAUCCCAUGUAAGAAACCAAACAGGGAGUUUUGCAGAGGCAUUUGCUAUACACGAAGAGCGAUUUAAGGCAGAGAUAGAAGAAAGAGAAGAGGUGGGGUUGGACAAGAUAAAGAGGUGGAAAACAGCUCUAAAAGAAGUUGCGGAUAUGGCAGGGAUGGUUUUAAGAGAAGGGCAAGAGUCAAGUUUUAUUCAAAAAAUUGUUAAGGAGAUUGGGAAAAAAUUGAAGCGCACGAUCUUGAGUGUUGGUCCAUCCCCAAUUGGAAUAGAUUCUCGUGUAAAAGACAUUAAUUUGUGGAUACAAUAUGAAUCGAAGGAUGUUGGCAUAGCGGCAAUCUAUGGUAUGGGGGGAAUCGGGAAGACAACCAUCGCCAAAACUGCGUAUAACCUUAACUUUGACAAAUUUGAAGGUAGCAGCUUCGUUAUAGAUAUUAGAGAAAUAUCAGAACAACCCAAUGGAUUGGUUUGCUUACAAAAACGACUUCUUUCAGAUAUUGUAAAGGGGAGAAAAGUAAAAAUUAGUAGUGCUGAUGAAGGAAUCAUUAAGAUUAGAGAAGCUAUAUGCUGUAAAAGAGUUCUGGUUGUUCUUGAUGAUGUGGAUCAAUUGAACCAAUUAAAUGCAAUACUCAUUAUGCGAGAUUGGUUUUGUCCAGGAAGUAAAAUUAUCAUAACAACCAGACAUGAGCAAUUGCUGAAGGCACAUGAACUUGAUAAGAUUUUCAAAGUUAAGGAAUUAAACGAUGAUGAAUCGUUUCAACUCUUCUGUUGGCAUGCCUUUGGACCAGAUCAUCCCAUUGAAGCUUACUCUGAGAAGUCAAAAAUGGUCGUAAAGUACUGUGGAGGGCUUCCUUUAGCUCUUCAAACGUUGGGUUCUUCUCUGUCUGGUAGACCUGUAGAUGUGUGGGAAAGUACAUUAAAGAAAUUGGAAGCUAUUCCUAACACUCAGAUCCUAAAGAAACUUAAAAUAAGCUUUGAUUCUCUACAAGAUGAUCAUGACAGAAAUUUAUUUCUUGACAUUGCUUGUUUCUUUGUUAGAAAGGAUAAAGAUUUCACAAUUACAAUACUAGAUGAGUGUGAUUUCUACACAAAAGCUGGGAUACAGAAUCUCAUCGAUAGAUGUCUCAUAACUAUCGAUGACAACAAGAAGCUGGCAAUGCAUCAGUUGCUUCGGGACAUGGGGAGAGAAAUCAUACGCCAAGAAUCACCGAAGGAACCUGGGAAACGCAGCAGAUUGUGGCAUCACAAGGACGCAUUUAGUGUAUUAAAUGAAAAAACUGGAACAGAUUCCAUUGAAGGUCUCAUCCUUAACUUGAAUGUGUCUGGGGAAGAUAGGUCCACCGAGGAAUUCGUUGGUUUAGAUAAUGCAAAAAGACACUAUUCAGAAGACUUUCUUGACAAAUCAGCAUUAUUAUUGGAGAACAAUUCAUUGAAGCGGCGUCGUCUAGGGUUCUUCUCUUGGCUCCCCAUAAAUUCUGCCUCAACAAGAUCGCAUUCCACAUCAGAUGAAGUAGAUUUGCAAACUGAUGCAUUUUCAAGGAUGCACAGAUUAAGAAUACUCCAGCUGAAUAAUACGAGGCUCACUGGAGACUAUGAAGAAUUCCCUAGGAAGUUAAGAUGGUUGUGUUGGCGUGGGUUCCCUUUAGAAUCUAUACCCAGUGGCUUUCCUCUGGAGAGUCUUGUUGCCCUUGACAUGCGCAAUAGUAGCUUGAGACAUGUUUGGAAUGGAAACAAGUUGCUCAGAUUGUUGAAAAUCCUCAAUCUCAGUCAUUCCCAUGGUCUUACCAAUACGCCUGACUUCUCACAAGCCCCCAAUCUUGAAAGGUUGAUUCUUAAAAAUUGCAUAAAUUUGAUUGAGAUUCAUGGAUCAAUUGGGGAUUUAGGGAGACUAGUUCUGUUGAAUCUAAAAGGUUGCAAAAAUCUUCGGAAGCUUCCAUCGAAAAUUGGCGGGCUAAAAUGUCUUGAAGUACUCAUUCUAUCUCGUUGUUUAAAGCUCGAGAAGUUGCCAGAAGAGCUGGGCAAGAUGGAGUGUUUGAAAAUGCUCCUUGCAGACAGAGUUGGCACAAAUCAAUCACCCUCCAUGACUACUGGGGUAAGAUCAUGGCCGUCACACUUCAGGGAUUGUCUAUUGGGACCAAGAAGAAGACCAGAAUCGAUCAGCUUUUCAUUGUGUUCUUUACCACACUCAUUAUCAGUCUUGAGUCUUGCUGGCUGCAACCUAUCAGAUGAUGCUAUUCCAAAGGAUCUUGGCUGCCUAUCCCUGUUGCAGAACUUGGAUCUAAGUAGAAAUCUAAUCUGUAGCAUACCAGAGAGCAUCAAGUGUCUCACUAUGCUCCACAGGCUCAAGCUAAACGACUGCCCAAAACUCCAGUUGCUUCCGGAGCUUCCAAUGAGUUUAAGGUCGUUGGAGUUACUCAAGUGCAGGUCAUUGGAAGUGAUAACAAAUCUACCAAACCUGUUGAAUUCACUGCAUUUGUUGACAUGGUUUUGUGACAAACUAAGUGAGGUUCAGGGGUUGUUCAAGUUAGAACCCAUUGGAAACUUUGAUGUAGUGAUGAUCAGCAAUUUGGGUUUGACCAACUUGGAAUUCCUGAGAAAUAUUGAAGUUUCUUUGUUCAACAUUAUGACGGUAACUGAAAGAAAAGUUCCCCUCCAGGGACUGUAUGAAUUCGGUAUAUUUAGCACUUUUCUCCCUGGUAGUGAAGUUCCAGGCUGGUUCAGCAUAAAGAGCAUGGAAAAUGUAAUAUGUUUUAAGGUACCUUCAUUUCCUAAUUUCAAGAUCCAAGGCUUGAAUGUAUGUGUUGUCUAUGCACAAACUGGCUAUUGGGAUGAGUUAUGCAUGAUUGAAGUGAGUAAUAGGACAAGGGAUCUGAAGUGGAUAUAUAGCCCAACAUUGAUGGGCGUUCCAGAUGACGGCAAUGAGAUGGUAUGGUUAAGUAAUUGGAGUUUUGGGAAUCAAUUGGAAGCUGCUGAUGAAGUGAAUAUUUCAGUGUCUUUGAAGAAGUGUCAUAAGCUAAAGCAGUUUGGGAUCCAUGUUGUGUUUGAGGAAGAAGAGAAGGGUAACCCCCCAUACCACACCUACCCUUCUUGUGAAAAUAUUAAUAACAGAGAUUUGUUAGUGUAUCAGGUAAGCGCAGGUGCCUACUUCCUCUGCCAUCAUAGGCUUGGCAUCAUUAUGCGUGGCUUUGGUGGACGAUGUAAUGACUUAUCAUCAAGUUGGUGGUAUGACUUAUUAUUCGGUGACUCUGAAGGUGUGGCUCCGCUGCGUCUACAGGUGUGACAGGUUUCUAUGAUCAUUGGAGAACAAUUGGGAGUGGCUGAAAAUUAUAUAAUUGGGAGACCAUUUAGUUUUGUGUAUAAAGUGUUUGAGGAAGUGCUUAUAUGAAUUAAUUUUGAGGAAUUUUGAUGUACUUUGUGGAAUUGAUAUGUUCUUGUUGUAAUUCAAUGGUUCUUGGACUUUGGCUGAAUUGUUACUCACGAUUUAUAUGGAUGAACAUAUAUUUUUGUAAAAACCUAAUAGUAGUUGUUGUUCAGCUUUGUGUCAUAGUUUGAGGGACCAAGAUCACCUCCGGUCCCACAGUGUCCCAUUUUCUCCAUUUUG